UUGAAGCUAAUUUUAAAUCAUUUCGUUUAAGAAAAAAAAAGAAAAUGUUCAAUUAUGAAGUAGAAGAUGAAAGAGGUUAUGAUGCUGAAACAAUAUUUCGACAAGAAUAUUUUUUUUAUAUUGUUGAUCAAGCAAUAAGCUCAAUGGAAACCCGCUUUAAACAACUUGAAUCUUAUAAAGAUGACUUUGGGUUUUUAUUUCGAAUAGGGAAAUUAACAAAAAUGGCAGAUUCAGAUUUAUUAAAACAUUGUAUGGACCUUCAAAACCGUUUGACGGAUAGAGAUUCAAAAGAUAUUGAUGCUUUAGAUUUAUAUGCAGAAUUAAUAAUCUUCAGAUCUCUUGUCUAUGAGAAUCAAACUCUUCUUGAAGUACUUUCUAUAGUUAAAAAUUCCAAUGGUUCAUUUCCGAAUAUUAGUGUUGCUCUUCGGAUACUUUUAACCAUUCCAGUCACUUCAGCUAGCGCAGAGAGAAGUUUUUUUAAGUUAAAAAUUAUAAAAAAUUAUCUUCGCAAUAGGAUCAGCCAAGAACAGCUUACCGGGUUGUCUAUAAUAUCAAUUGAAAAAGCAAUAUCAGAUAAAAUUAAUUAUGAUGAU